AUGUCGUCCCCUUCAUCCAAGCCAGGCGCAUCGGGCAGGCAGCCCAAGACACCGGUCUACAUCCAGGAGGUGACCCCCGAGAUCACGACGUUCGACUACCCUUACAGCCGUUUCGGGAUACUUGCGAUCGGUGGACGUAGUAUCGCGGUCAAGAUGCGCGAUGGAAAGCUCUGGGUGGUGGCAAGCACGCCUUUAGACGAGCCGACGAAAGCCAAAAUCGAUAGCAUGGGACAAGUGGCCUACCUCGUUGCUCCAGACAACGUUCACCACCUCUUCCUCAAAGACUUGCACACAGCCUACCCAUCGGCCAAAGUGGUGGGUAGGCAAGGUCACGAAGAAAAGCGACGGGAUGUCAAGUUCAGUGGCAUCUACGGCAAAGAUGCACCUUGCACCAAGUACGGUUACGAAUCCGAACUGGUGCCGCAAUACUUUGCCACUUUUGCCAACCGGGAUGUCGCUUUCCUGCACAGGGACAGCCAAACGCUCAUCACAGCCGAUCUCUUGUUCAACCUGCCAUGCAAUCAGCAGUAUCGCAACCCACCAGCGGGUAGAGCAACUUGGUGGAUUCCAGGUGUCGUCUGGUUCUGCAAGUUCUUCAACCCUUACUCUGGCUUGCACAAGACUUUUUUGGGAAACGCCGGUGUAGCCAACGGCAUUCCAGGAGUCAAGGAGGGCGGCACAGCGGAAGGCGGCACAGCGGAAGAAAGCAAGAAGAACUUUGCAGAGGCAGCAUCGAGAGUUGCCAAGUGGGACUUUCUCCGUAUCAUCAUGCUGCACGGAGACAUUAUCGAGAAGCACGGGCAGGAGGCUUGGAGGAGUGCUUUUAGCCAGUAUAUCGAGGGCCAAGGCAACUGCAAGUUCAAGUCGUCGUGA